AUGCGCACAGCCCAACGCACGUGGCCUCACGAGGUCACCGUGGACGGCGGCGCCGUGGUGGUGACGACAGCCGCGGGCCGCAGCGUACGCAUCCCCUGCACGCAGCACCCCAAGCCCGCCGACCUCGCACCCGCCCUCAAGGCCGCCGGUGUUGAGAUGGUGUGGGAGGGCACCGGCGUGUUCCUCACGCGCGCCGCGCUGGCGCCCUACUUUGAGGCCGGGGGUGUGAAGAAGGUGGUGGUCAGUGCGCCCGUGAAGGACGCGGACCCGGUGCUCAACGUCGUCAUGGGCUGCAACCACGAGCUGUACAACCCAGCGGUGGACCACAUAGUGACGGCCGCCAGCUGCACCACAAACUGCCUCGCACCAGUGGUCAAGGUGAUCCUGUCAAAGCUGGGCAUCCGCCACGGCUGCAUCACCACCAUCCACAACCUCACCAACACCCAGACUAUCGUGGACGCACCCAACACCAAGAAGUCUGACCUGCGGCGCGCGCGCAGCGGGCUGGUCAACCUGGCGCCCACCAGCACCGGCUCAGCCACCGCCAUCGCCCUCAUCUUCCCGGAGCUCAAGGGCAAGCUCAACGGCCUGGCGGUGCGCGUGCCCCUCACCAAUGCGUCCAUCACCGACUGUGUUUUUGAGGUGGAGCGUCCCACCACUGCUGCGGAGGUCAACGCGCUGCUCAAGGAGGCGAGCAGCAGCUACCUGUCUGGCAUCCUAGGCUUUGAGGAGCGGCCCCUGGUGUCCACUGACUACGUCAACGACCUGCGGUCGUCCAUCGUGGACGCAGACUGCACGCAGGUCAUUGACGGCACCCUGGUCAAGAUCUACGCCUGGUACGACAACGAGGCCGGCUACAGCGCACGGCUGGUGGACCUCGCCGCCCUCGUGGUGGACAAGGGGGUGUGA